AUGGCUGCUACUCAGAAGCUAUAUCCACGCGGCACCGUCAAGCGCAUCGUCAAGGCCCACUCCAAUCGGAGCGUGAGCAAGAAUGCCGACAUCCUCGUGAGUCCAUCUCAGCCAGCGCAGGCGCUCCAAAUCAAUGGACUGAUCGCAGCCAUCACCGACAGAUUUUCCUCGACUACAUGCUCUUUAUGCAAGAGUACGGCCCAUUCCCCUGCCCCUCGAGAUCUUUUGCCAGCGCAGGCCUUGCGCGUUCGAGCUAAGCCAAGCGGAGGUAGAACGAUAAGCUAA